GAAAAAAUAAGGAGAAGAAAUUGCAUCGUCUACGUGGCGUCUUCCAUCGCGCGCAAACCCUACAUUGCAAGCGGCUUGGCCGCUUCAGAAAUCGAAAAGAACAAAACCUCCCUCAGAACUCCGACUACGCCGCUUCACGUAGUUUGAACUCAGUUCCAAGCUUCCCUCAAAAACUUGUUUUCAGUAUUUUCCAUUUGAUCAUUUGAAACCGUUGAUUUCCUCCUCUGCAAAUUACCAGAAAAGUUAACAUAACAAACGAAAAUGGCUGCUGUUGAAGAAAUAGUAGAGAAAGAGAAAGCUCCCGAAGCGAAAAAAGAAGAAGAGGAAGAAGAAGAAGAAGUGGAAGAAGAUGAAGAUGAGGAGCUUUGGACAUCGGACUCGGACGUCGGAGAUGCAUUGGACUAUUUGGACUCGAGGGACGAUGACAGAGGAGUCGACGGUGGUUUCACAAUCAAUUCUAGGCGUCCCAAUGCCCAUGGAGGCCUUCACUCUCGCCCUAACUCCUCAACCCUUCAGCCUCUCUCUAAUCGCAACCAGAAGUUCACUACCCACAUCCGAGCUUCACCUUUGGAGGAGUGGGAAGGCAGGUUGAAUGUUGGCAUGUCCAACUCCGUGACAACUGCCAUUCGUGGAAGUGUUCGAGAUACGGCCAUUGGCAGAAAGAGAACUACUGAGAAAGCGGACCGUGCCACUGUUGAGCAGGCCAUCGAUCCUAGAACUCGGAUGGUUUUAUUCAAAAUGUUGAAUAGUGGUACAUUUCAUGAUAUCAAUGGCUGCAUUUCUACCGGGAAAGAAGCAAAUGUUUAUCAUGCAACAAAAUCUGAUGGCCAGGAAAUGGCGAUCAAAAUAUACAAAACAUCUAUUCUGGUUUUUAAGGAUAGAGAUAGAUAUGUACAAGGAGACUAUCGAUUCAGACAUGGAUACUGCAAGAACAAUCCUAGGAAAAUGGUCAGGACAUGGGCUGAGAAAGAAAUGAGGAAUCUGAAAAGGCUGAGGGAGGACGGAAUUAGGUGCCCGGCUAUAGUUUCUUUAAAGCUUCAUGUUCUGGUUAUGGAAUUCAUAGGGAAGUCAGGAUGGGCAGCACCUCGUCUGAAGGAUGCAGCAUUAUCCCUAGACAAGCUACGAGAAGGUUAUAUUGAGAUGAUUAUUGCUAUGCGAAUGAUGUAUCAGAAGUCCAAACUGGUGCAUGGAGACCUUAGUGAAUACAACAUACUUUACUUUGAGGGCCACUUGUACAUUAUCGACGUUUCUCAAUCAGUUGAGCUGGACCACCCUCAUGCCCUUGAUUUCCUACGUGAAGAUUGUGUCCAUGUAUCUGAUUUCUUUAAAAAGAAUGGUGUAGCUGUUAUGACAAUUCGAGAGCUCUUUGAUUUUAUAGUUGAUCCAUCUAUUGCUGAUGAUGCGGUGGACAGUUAUCUGGAUAUGGUACAACAAAAAGUUAUUGCAAGAGGAGAUAUGACUGCAGAGGAUGAAAUUGCAGACUCUGUAUUUGUGCAGUCAUACAUUCCAAAGACAUUAGACAGCGUGAAGAAUGUUGAGGAGGAUGUAAUACGGUUAACUAGUGGCGGGGACACUGGAGACAUGUACUAUAAAACUAUUACAGGACUGAAGCAGGCUCUCCCCGAAUGCCAGUCAGUUCCAUCUGAGAAGGAGCCGCAACAGGACGCUAAUGCUGUAGCAAAGUCCUCUGUCAAUCCAGUUGGUCAUUCUGAAAAUCCCGAGACUGAAUCUGACUCCAAUAGGGAUGACGAAGACUCAAGUGACUCGGAAGGCCGGAGUUCCUCAUCCGAGACAAAGGCACAGGAUCCUCUUGAUAAGAAAGCUGCUAGAAAAGAGAACAAGAAAAAAGUCAAGGAAGAAAAGAGGGAAGCUCGGAAAACUAAAGUGCCAAAGGCUUUAAAGAAAAGAAAGAAAAAGAUGGCCAAAGCCCACAAGACCAGAUAGCUGCUUGGGAUUAACCAUAGAGCAAUGGAUGCAAGCUAUUGUAGAAAGCAUUCCAGAAAAGUUUUGUUAGACAUUAAUUUAAAAGAAAAUUGCAUUAUUUUGUCUAAGAAUUACAACAUUUACUUUGAUAUAUGAGAAAUAUAAGCUUUCUUUUU